AUGGUUGGGCGUUUCCAUCGCCAGCUAAAGACUGCCCUGCGUGCCGUAGACUACCCAGGAAACUGGUCGGACUACCUUUCUCUUGCAAUCCUCGGCAUCCGCACAGCUUUGAAGUCAGUUCUGGGCUGUAGCUCAGCUGAAUUGCUUUUCGGCACUACCCUCCGACUGCCAGGCGAGAUGAUCACCCCAAGCUCUCGUAUGGCCGACGAGACUACUGACAACCUUGCGCACCGUUUGCGGCAAUUUUUGCGCUCGCUUUCCCCGGUUCCACCUCGAACCCCAAUAACUGAGUCUUAUGUCGAAAAAGACUUGGGCAACUGUGCUCACGCGUUCGUCCGGUGUAAUCGUGUGCGCUAUCCGCUGGACUCACCAUACGAAGGACUGUUCCGCGUACUCCCUCUCAACGCCAAGACCUGCCGGAUUCUUCGCGGUGACAAGGAGGACGUGGUCAGUGUCUAUCGGGUCAAGGCUACUGUCGCAGAGGAGCCGCCGGACCUGUCACAAGGACAAAAAUUUGUUGACCCUCUAACCCUGUUCCUCCGUCUUCCCUAUCCCCCGCUCAUUCACCCUGCCCACUGCCUCUCCCUUCCCCUCCUUUGUCCUCUUCCCUUCCAUCCCGCAUACUUCCUCUCCCUUUAUGUCUACAGCAUCCAACUAGAUUAG